AGCAGGAGAGUGGAAUAUGGCGACCUCAAACAAUCCGCGUAAAUUCAGCGAAAAAAUCGCUUUACACAACCAAAAGCAAGCGGAGGAAACAGCGGCAUUCGAUGAGGUGAUGAAAGACCUGAGCAUUACCAGGGCAGCAAGGCUACAGUUGCAGAAAACACAGUAUCUGCAGCUCGGGCAGAAUCGAGGGCAGUACUAUGGAGGAUCGUUACCCAAUGUCAACCAGAUUGGAAACACCACUGCCGAUCUACCAUUUCAGACGCCGUUCCCAAGUGCAGGGACGGACACCAGACGAACAAAUAGGCACCAGGGCCUUGUAGAUCGCGUCUACAGAGACAGGAGCCGAAUCACCUCUCCACACCACCGACCCCUUUCAGUCGACAAGCAUGGCAGACAGAUCGGAGGAUGCCCCUACAGCUCUGUGUACUUAUCCCCGCCGCCGGACACCAGCUGGAGAAGGACAAACUCGGACUCGGCUCUGCACCAAAGCACUUUGAACCCUGCUUCACAAGAGUUCGCUGGAGGAUCACAAGAAUUACAGCCGAAACAAGUGCUACUUCUGACUGUACCGGGAACUGAAAUGACAGAAAGCGAAAUGGAAAAUGAUGACCAAAAAAACAAAUGGGAUAGCAAGAAGAAUGCUUCCUCGAAACAGAAGCCCUGCAAAGUCCCUGGGAUCAACAUAUUCCCUUCUCCAGACCAAGAGAUUAACACGGGUCUCAUCCCCGCCACGCACAACACGGGAGGCUCAUUACCUGACCUGACCAACAUCCAGUUUCCCUCUCCUCUGCCCACUCCCCUGGACCCUGAGGACUCGGCAUCUGGCCUCAGUGUGUCCAGCAGCACGGGGAACCUCACCGUGGGCUUGACCACCUGCGGCCCAGGACUCCCCUCCUCUCAGCCCACUGUGACGGCGGUGAGUGUGCAAGGCCAGCCGGAGGGUGUGGUGCCCCUCAUCCUCAACACAGACCCCCACCAGCAACCCUCUCUCCAGCAGCUCUCCCCAACGCUCUCGCCCACAUUUGCUCAGGCGGUGACGAUAGACGCCAUCAUGCUGGAGCAGCAGCUGGCGCAGUACACCUUCUUCAACCAGGCCCAGACGCAGCCGGUGAGCGGCCAGCAGCAGCAGCAGCAGCAGCAGCAGAACGCCGGCCUGACCAGACUGGUGCAACUGCCGCCGCUGUCAAUCAACUCCACCAUGACCCAGCCCACCAUGACCAACCAGACCGGUGCAGUGGACCUAAAUUCGGCCUCCCUCCAUGAGUACCGCAGUAGGAUGGGCUCCGCGUCUAAGUCUCCAACCUCCCCCAUCUCCAGCCAAGGCUUCUCUCCUGGGGGCUCGCCUCAACACUCCAUACUGGGUAGUGUCUUUGGCACUUCUUUCUAUGACCAGCAGAUGGCCUCUUGUCAGACGAGCGCUCUGUCUCAGCAGCUAGAGCAGUUCAACAUGCUCGACGGCUCCCUGGGCUCCGGUGGGCUGUACGGGCCCGGAUCCACCCUCAGCAGCUCCCAGGCUGCCCUCCUGGGCCUCUCCGGGAGCCAUGGCAGCCUCCAGGACUCCCAGCAACUGGGCUACAGCAGCCAUGGCAGCAUUCCCAACAUCAUCCUCACAGGUGACCUGUCCAUGUCCUCGGUGGCGGCAGAUGCUCUGUCCAAGGAGCUGGAGAGCACGUUGCCAGGUGACGACAGCUUCGAUGCUGACUCUCAGUUCCCCCUAGACGAGCUGAAGAUAGAGCCCCUCACCCUGGAUGGGUUGCACAUGCUCAACGACCCAGACAUGGUGCUUGCUGAUGCAGCCACCGAGGAUGCUUUUCGGCUGGACAGGUUGUAGCCUAGUGUGUGUGUGUGUGUGUGUGUGUGUGUGUGUGUGUGUGUGUGUGUGUGUGUGUGUGUGUGUGUAUUUGGCUUCGAUCAAAGGGGUUGAUCAGGGUUCUGUGUCACAAAUGUGGGAGAGGAAUUUGGCGUCUGUCUCGGGUUGGUCACCAUUAGCAGACACCCCCCCCAACACACACACACAAAUUCCCCAAAACCCUCUGUCCCAAAUCACAAGCGAGGAAAUGUGCUUUGGGAAGGUUGGACUGGGCAAUGACUCACUGCCAAGAUAGCACAACAGGUGCAUUUGUCUGUUGAAUUACAGAUUCGAGUGUUUUGAGUUGUUACACGACCCUAAAUGAACUUUGUUUUUGUUUUUUUAGUUUAAAUAUGGAAACACUACCUUUGUUAUGCCUCAUUUCAGUUUUUAUGUUACCGAAAAUAUGUAUAGGAGUACAUAAUAGUGUUUUUUUUUUUCGUCUGGUGCUUCAGGUUUUGUUUACCUUUACAACCGUUAAAAGGCAGAAAUGUAAGAUUGGGAUUAUCUGUUGUUGAUUCACCUUUUACAUUUGUACACUUACCUUUUUUUAAUUCAUGUUUUAUUUUUUUAUUUUUUUCAGUACACUACUUACUUUGCAGCAUCACCACUUAAGGAGUACUAACCCUCCCCAUGUUCUUGUUUGUGUGCAGCUGUUUUUUUCUUUUAAUAGCUGAUUGUCAGUAUUCCUUGGUCUGUGUAUAUGUGUUGCCAGAUAUGUGUUGCCAGAAUGUCCUUAUAACUGCCUCAUGCUCCCAUUGGCAACAGCACAUGACUUGGCACUUCAUUGCUGUAAUCAGUGUCCAUGUUGAAGUUGAAAUCUAGCCUUGCUGUGCUCUAUGUGAAAAAUUGUGCUACAUUUAAAAAAAGGAUGUAAAUACUUCAUGAACUCACUUCUACAGGAAAGCAACACCUAAUCGACUGUACUUACAUUUGGUCUGCAGAUGUUCAGUUCUCAUCAUGAAUAUGCUUGUUCUGGUUCUCACAGCACCUGUCUUGUCAGAGCCUAAGAGGUCAUGGACUGUCAUAGUUGUUGUCAAUAGUGAGACACUAGAGCGCAACCCUUUAUCAUCUAGGACAGUUGAAUGUUAGCAUAGCAUGGGGUUCUGAAAGAAAUUCAGAAAAGACUAGCAUACACUUUUGAUUGGUAUCUAUGGAAAUACAUAACAGGAAAUCUCUUUCACUGUCACUGUGAUUACCAUUCUCUGCCUUAUUUCAGUAAGAUGCAGUCUCUCUUCCCCCGCUAUAUUUUGUGAUAAUGUAUAAAUAUAUGUCGCUAAUGUGUGUUAUACAUUUAUAUUUUUUAAAGAAAAAAAUUCAUCAUGUUUACACAUGCUUUAAGAAGGAAAACCUAGUACUGAAAAAAACUGUCUGUUGUGGUGUAUACAGUGUGACGGGGAGGGUUAUCACUCUUAUAGGAUAAUCAUUUCCACAUAUGUACAUACUUUAUUGUGGGAAAUUUUAAAUAUUAAUAUUGUUUGUGGCAUUUUGAGUAAUUUAUAUGUUAAAGGUAUUUUCAAUUGGACCUUUUUGUAUUAUCUAUGCAAAGCUUAUCAAAUCAGUGUAGAUAAGCAUAUUUGAAAGCUUAAGAAACAAAAAAUGUGCAGCUUCUCAAAAAAGGUUUCUAACAAACCAAAAAGCAUAUUUUAUUGCAUGCAGUGGCCCCAAGGCAUAUUGUCUCAUAUAGGUAGAAUCGUUUUAAUACACCCACAGUACUCCACUCAAGUGUACAAAAAGAUUAGUAACAUGUUAGUUAUCUUAACUAAAGAUGUACUAUAACUAGAAUGUACAUAAUUCUUUUAUGUAAUAUAUUCCAAUUGGAUUGCAUAAACAUAGGACCAAACCCUUUUCCAUCAAUGUUUUCCUUUUUUUUCUUGUUUUCAUUUUCCUCUUCCUCAUAUAAUGUUAAAUAUAUUAUGAAAAAGAUGAUGUUCUUUUCUUUUUUUGUCAUUGUUCUAUGGUUAAACAUUGUUUGCACAUGAUUCAUAACUUUAUGGCACUACUGCAAUUUAUUAUCACCCUGAUGGACUGUUCUGGAUUUGGGCUCCAUAAUCUACUUGUAUCUCUGCCUUCAGAAAAAAAACAUAUUUUGUUACAUAGUUACAUCUAUAUCUAUAUCUACAUUUCUGAUAACCACAUAUAUCUCUAUACUGUAUAAUGUGCAUUUAGACUGUUGAUGGGUAUUUUCCCUGAUCAGUGAGUGUUUUGUCUACCUGUUUUUGUCUGACUUGUACUUUUUGUAUAUGAUAAAAAUACAGAUCUGUGAAAUGGAAACAAUUAGUAGCUUACCAUGUGAUCUAAUAUUGUUCGUUCUAUGGUCUACAAUGAAUGAGUUUGUCUGUAAGGACUGCCUCUACUCUUACUACUGCAGGGGACUGAUAGAGUGCCAGCGUAUGAUCCUUUCUACCUGUCGAGAUUAAAAUUACAACAUUACAAGUUACAUACAUCCUGGUAUUUUUAAAUGAUCAUGUCUAUAUCACAUGCACAGAACCCAAGUCUCUGUAUAUAAUCCCGUUGUAUGCUCUACCUACAUUUUUAAAAGCGAAGAAAGUGAAAACUUUUCCCCACAUCAAAUAACAUUCAUGUUUUUUUGUUUAUUUGUUUGUUUGUUUUUGCUUUUUUUUUUUUUUUUUGCAGCUAACGCUAUGUUGGUUUUGGUGGGUUGUAGACAUGGUGUUGGCUGUGGUAAAUGUUUAUUCAACUUCCUUUUACACACUAAAUACAUGUGCAUCUUGAUAGAUUCUUAUUUCUUUCUGUAUGUCCCAGCACUGAAAAUGCAUUGUAAUAGUUUGAGCUUCAUUCACAGCUAAAUGAUUCCAGAAAACUGUUUUAAAUUCACGCAUGUUUAAAUAUAUUUAAAAUAUGUAAACGCAUUUGCUUUUAGGGAGCCACUAUUUGCAUUUUUAAACAUGUUAUGUUAUUAUGAAUGGGAGCCUUCUAUUUCUUAUUUAUUCCAAUGUAAAUGUUUAUGUGUGUAUGCGUACGUACUGUAGAUUUUUUUUAAUUGCAUGCAUGUUUUGUCUUUUUGUGAAGCAUUUUUUUCUUUGUCAAGUUACUGAAUUUGUGUCCCAAGAGCGUCUCCCUUUCCAUUCAGAGUAAGGGUGCUUUCCAUUGGUGUAGAAACCAAGUGACUUUCUGCACAAAGUGAUGUAAGGUGGCUAACUUGUUUAAUAUAUUUUGUUCUGUUGAAGUCACUGUCCUUUCUGUUUGGUGUUGGCAGAUAUAAACAUUUUGGUAUGUAAUGUUUUUUUGUGAUUUCUUUUUUUGUAUGAUGUCAAUGUGAAAAUGUCACAUGCACUGAACAUUUAAAUGCUGCAAUGUAUCAUUGUGGUGAUGUGAUGUGGGCUCGGAUUGAGAGGUGAAGGUUUACCUCAAAUUGGCUCAACCUUGAAAUUUAUAGGUGGCAUGUUCAGAUAUAUAAAAUCUUACCAGCUAUAUUUUUUCAGAUGAUUUUGUAACGUACACAUUUUAAAUAUUUUGUCAAGGAAAACCUAUAUCAGCACACUAAAUAUGAUUACGUUUACCACUAUGACACAAAUGGCACCCCCUGUUUUUAAAUAGAACAGCGUAUCACCACACGCAGCAAGUGGUCAGAACUUUCUUUUAAUAAAUUCUAUUCUUUAUAAAAAGCAAAUUACUUUAGAAGUUGAAUGUAAAACAAAUACUGUAUCUGACAGCAGGUACUUGUGUUUCAGAAUGGAAGUGAAGCCAAGUCUGUAUUACUAUUACCAUCCAAAUCCAUGCUGUUGAGGGUGUAACUAUUUAUCAUAACCAUAUCAGAUCAAGUGGUGUGAAAAAUGUAUAUUUUACGUGACUAAGAAACCAUAUAAUGUCCAACAAUACUACACCAUCAUGGUUUUGUGUUUCUCUCUGAAGAUCUAGGUGUUUUUUUCUACCUUAAGUAUUUUGUCAGUGGAUGAGCCAUUUGAAAAUGCCAAAGUUUGAGAAAAAAAAAUUAGGAUCCCUUUAAUUUUGAGUCAGUGCUUUCGAAAGACUUGUAAUUUGUUGUGUGCUUUGUUACGACAGUGUUUGUUAAUGCUGAUGAUUUCUGGUAGUAAUGUUUGGCCAUCUCCCAGCUUAUAAAACCAGUCUGUAUGUGUUAUGCUUAUAUCUGGCAACCAACAAUGUGGGAAUAUGAUUAAUUGUUUACACCUUUAAAAAUAUCCAUUAGUGUAUUGUUUCUGGCAAAAAUUGCAGUCUUGUGCAAAAUAUCAGAGGGGCAUCUGCAUGGUACUGAAUAAAAGAGACCCUCACGUGCUUAUGCCUUUGUGUGACCUGCUCAAUUUUUGGUUUGUAACUAGCUGUACCAAUACGUUCAACCUAUUUUAUUUCAUCUUAGAUGGUCCAAGGUAUUCUGCCUCUUUAUUUUCCCUAUUUCGGGGCAUUUGUCUCAGAAUUGAAUCACCCAGUUAUAUAGAAGUUUCCAUCUCAACAAUACUAUGAGUAUAGUUUGCCGUAACAAUGACCAGUUGACAUGCACAGAUAUGUCCUGCAGCAGUUGACUUCAUAAACAACCCAACUAAACCUUCAGAUAGGCUAUGGUAUGUGCAUUUAAUGACAAUGAACUGUUGAGAUUACUCAUUUCUCAAUUAUCUAUACAAUGGCAGCUAAUUUGUUAUGAUAUUUAGUGUGUAUGGUGCACAGCAAGGUGUAUCAUAGUUCCUUUGUAUAGUUACAGGACAUGCAUAUGCUCACCAAAUAUGCAAAACAAGCAUUCAGCAACACAGCUUUGCAAUCCUGUCAUUAUGUUGUAAUAACCCUUUAAAACAAACCAUAUUUUGCUUUUGUUUUCUACACAAAAUAAAAAUUGGGUUGUAUACAUGUGUGAAUUAUGGAGACUUGCUUAAAUUUAAACGUUCCAUUGUAUCUCUCAUGUGGAGGCUUUUGUCUUUGUAAGUUUGUAUUUAAUAUUGAAUAAA